CUGUUUCUCCUUUUCUUUUUCAUUGUGUGGGACACAUCACCACAUCAAAUAUAUAACCCAAAAAACUCAAAAAAAAAUUAUAACAAAUAUUUUCGCAAAAUCUAAUAUUUGUUCUUCUAAGUUUCCAAUUCCAGGCAGCCCUCACACAGAAAACAGCCCUUUCAGUGUUUUCUUUUUUUCUUUUUAAAGAUCUUCUCUUAUUGAUUUCUAUUGGUAUUCUUCUUCUUCUUACCAAAUCAAAUGCUCACUUUUUAUUCACUCCCAAAACUGCAAUACCAAAAGUCUGAUAAUCAAUGAUGAAGAAAAAGAAGAGGGACCAUAACAUCAAUGGCAUUACCAUCCGCCGGCGGCACCACCACCACCAUCACCUCCUACACCAUCACUAUCCCUUGUUUAAUCUCUUAUACGCUUUCUCAUGUUGUAUUCUUCUCCUCUUCGUCGCUUUCCCUUUCUUCUCUUCUCCUCCUCCUGUUAUCGGCCACUCCUCAAUGUCUGAAGAUGAAGGCACUGUAGGCUCCACUUCGGAUACAGAGACGGUGUUUCGUGUUCCGGAAAGCAGAGUGAAUACAGGGCAUGAUUUAUGGAGGUCGAGAUUAUCUAACUUCUACUUUGGUUGCAGUAACGCCACCGAUAACUUUCUAACUGCUGAUGUGAAAACUCAUGACAAUCGGUACUUGUUGAUUGCUACCAGUGGAGGCUUAAAUCAACAGAGAACAGGGAUAACAGAUGCUGUUGUUGCAGCUUAUAUUUUGAAUGCUACUCUUGUUGUUCCGAAGCUGGAUCAGAAAUCAUUCUGGAAAGAUUCUAGUGAUUUUGCUCAAAUAUUUGAUGUUGACUGGUUCAUUUCCUUCCUCGCAAAUGAUGUUCGAAUCAUCAAACAACUUCCAAUGAAGGGAGGGAAAAUUGUGGCGCCUCAUCAUAUGCGUGUCCCAAGGAAGUGCACUCCAAAAUGCUAUCAGAAUCAUGUUUUACCUCUUUUUAGUAAGAAGCAUGCUAUUCAGCUUGGGAAAUUUGAUUACAGGCUCUCAAAUCGACUGGUCAUUGAUUUACAAAAGCUGAGAUGUAGAGUCAACUACCAUGCUUUAAGAUUUACUAAUUCAAUUCUUGGAAUGGGUAAAAAAUUGGUUGAAAGAAUGAGAAUGAAAAGCAAGCUCUUCAUUGCCUUGCACUUGAGGUUUGAGCCUGAUAUGCUUGCGUUCUCUGGAUGUGAUUAUGGAGGUGGAGAAAAAGAAAGGACAGAACUUGGGGCAAUUCGGAAGCGGUGGAAGACCUUACAUGAAAAGAAUCCUGAAAAAGAACGAAGGCAGGGAAGAUGCCCACUGUCGCCGGAGGAAGUUGGUCUUAUGUUGAGAGCAUUGGGUUUUGGAAGUGAUGUUCACAUUUAUGUGGCAUCAGGUGAGGUAUAUGGAGGUGAAGAGACACUAGCACCACUGAAGGCACUUUUUCCUAAUUUCUAUUCGAAAGAUACUUUAGCCAGCAAGGAUGAGUUGGCACCGUUUUCAUCAUUUUCUUCUCGCAUGGCUGCACUAGACUUCAGUGUUUGUGAUGAAAGUGAUGUCUUUGUCACCAACAACAACGGCAACAUGGCUAAAAUCUUAGCUGGACGAAGGAGAUACUUUGGGCACAAGCCAACUAUUCGGCCAAACUCUAAAAAACUUUACAAAUUGUUCUUGAAUCAACACAACAUGACAUGGGAAGAAUUUGCCUCCAAAGUUCGGACUCAUCAAAUUGGCUUCAUGGGGGAGCCAAAUGAGGUGAAGCCUGGCAGGGGCGAGUUUCAUGAGAACCCGUCAUCAUGCAUAUGUGAGAAUUCUGAAGCAAAGGCUGGAGAAGAUCCAGUUAAUCAGAGUGAGGUCUGGAGAGAAAAGAAGAGGAUCGUGAGUGACGAGCGCCUAACAGAUUAUGAUCAUGAGCAGGAUGUAUCUGACAUGGAUUACGUGGAGUAUGGAAAUGAUGCUCUAGAGAAGGGUGAUUCGUUUAGAAGUACCUUACCUAAGAUGGAUCCACCAGAGCUGGAGGAGUUGGUCUCUGACUAAGAAAUGAGACUGCUCUUUCAUUGACAGAAUGUUCUUAGGCUAACCACUGUUUCAUCAGAUCUUUUGGUCUCCAUUUCACCGCAUAUGGAUUUGCUUCAGUCAGCAUUAUCUUCUCCAACAGGCGAAGAAUGAAGAUGCAAUCUGUAUAUAUAGAUAGGAAUUGGCAAAUGAGCGGUUUCAAUUUCAAAUAUUUGUAAAUGCUGGCAUAUGAGGAUUACAUGGUGCACUGAAUUAGAGCUUCUUGUAUUCUAGAAGCCAUUAAUAUUUGUGGCUGAGAAAUAUCUUGUUUCUAGGUUGGUAAAUUCUUGCUGCAAGGCAGGAUGGGUAUAGAAGAGGAGCAUGAAUCUUGGAAAAGGCAAAAGACACUGUUUAUGUUUUUCCAUUUUUUAAAAUUUAAAUAGAAAAUCAUUGCUCUCGUAAGUAAACUUGUACGUUUUUGAAUUGAAAGCGAAAAUACAAAAGUUGAAAUGCA